UAGUACGUGUGCAUGGGGAGGGGUCUGUGUGUGCGCACGUUGUGCAAAACAGAUUAUGUAGGGGAGGGUGCGCCGGGGGAGGACCCCUGUCCCUGUUUUGCAGUUUGGCCUUAACUUCCAGGAAGGUCAGAGCCUGCCUCUCCAGGGGUAAAAAUUCUUCUGAGUUUGAAGAAGCGGAAGGGCUACUGCCGGAAUUUCCCUGGGACCUGCUGGGCUGGGAACACGGGGGAAGGGGUGCGAGCUGUCUCCCACAGCCUCCCAGUGGACUGGUGCUGCUUCAGGGACCUUCCCAAGACUGCCCUCCACCAGAGGGCUUCAGGAAGGAACCUCUGCACCCGUUCCCUGCCUGAUACUCCAGCAGAAUUACCCGAGGAAAUUCCAGCCCAGCCAAACCCAGGGCUUCUGGCUGUGCGGAGCCUAGGCCAGGCCCACGGUGGCAUUGCCCACGCAGAAGGGAUGGAGGGAAGGCUAAGAGAUUUGGGGUCCUAGGGGUGGAGAGGACAGCCCCAGGCAGGAGUGGAGUGAGGACUCAGUAAAUACCUGCCACUUCAGCUGGGCCAACCUGGGGGCCGGGAGGAGCUGGUGGCCCCAGGACUCUUGCUGUAGAGGAGGCUGUGAGGCGGGGGAAAGGCUCUGGCCUGGGGGUUUUGGCCCCUCCUUUCAGCUCAGGUCACUCUGGAGCUUUUUGUGUCAGGAGGCACGUGCAUCUGCUCCCAGUCUGGGUUCGGAGUGGUCCCAGCCCCCCAGAGGAGCGAGCCACCUGUGGGUGGGGUGGGGGCCUCCCUUGGAGAACUAGACAAUGUGUACAAAGGUCUUUAGUUUUGGACACGACAGAUGGGUGGGGGAACACAGGUGUGGGACCCAUAGGGCCUGCUGGAGUGAACUCAGUCCAGCCAGGCUCCCUCCCUCCCGCCUUGGGGACAGUGGCCUGGCUCAGCUCAGGUGCCGUGUCCACACACACGUGUGCACACGGGACAUGUCCAGGACCAAACCCUAUAGCUGGGAGGAUGGCUCCGAGUCCAGCAGCCCACACCCACCCCUUGGUGGCAUGUGACCCUCGGCGCUCAGGGCCGGGAGAGGUCUGCACCGCAGCCCUCCUUGUCUGCGGUGACUGUCCCGGGGCAUGGGGGGGACACAGCCAUGUCCCACCUCAUGAGGGUGCCAGGGGGCACUCCCUGGGCCAUCACGGUGACACUUGGAGCAGGUGAAGGGAAGUCUGAGGGCUCCCCCAAGCCCUCUGGGCUGUGCCCGCUCCGGUGUGAGACGCCGCGCGUGAUGCUGUGCUGGUGUGCCUGGCACCCUCAAGGUAACUGCUGCGAGGUUGCAUGUUAACUCAUCCUCUUCUUGUUUAACUUUCUCCUUUGGGGUGGCAGCAGCCUCUGACCCCUCCUGGUGCCCUGACUGACCGGCCACAGAGACAGAGAGCCCCUGGGGGACCAGUCUGCUCAGCCAAGGAUCCCCGAGGAGCCAGCGUGUGGCACCAGAGUCCAGCCUGCCCUGAGAAGGCCCCAGCCAGACCAUGGCAGGUGUCUGUGAUAGGGUCCCCAACUUCCUCUCUCCGUCUGGAAACCAGGCCCUGGAGCCCGCCCUGGGCAGUGUGGUCACUCUGAACUGCACAGCCUGGGUGGUCUCUGGGCCCCUCUGUCCCCUGCCCUCAGUCCAGUGGCUGAAAGGCGGGCUGCCACUGGGCAAUGGAAACCACUAUGGCCUCCAUGAAGACUCCUGGGUCAAGGCCAACUCAUCAGAGAUGCUUGUGUCCAGUGUUCUGGGGGUCAACCUGACCAGUGCUGAGGACUAUGGGGUCUUUACCUGCUCCAUCCGGAAUGUCAGCUCCUCCUCCUUUACUCUUUGGGGAGCUGGCCCAGCUGGCCACGUGGCCGCGGUGCUGGCCUCACUCCUGGUCCUGCUGGCCCUGCUCCUGGCCGCCCUGCUCUAUGUGAAGUGUCGGCUGAAUGUGCUGCUCUGGUACCAAGACACCUAUGGGGAGGUGGAGAUGAACGACGGAAAACUCUACGACGCCUACGUCUCCUACAGCGACAGCCCCGAAGACCGGAAGUUCGUGAACUUCAUCCUGAAGCCGCAGCUAGAGCGGCGUCGGGGCUACAAGCUCUUCCUGGAUGACCGCGACCUCCUGCCACGCGCGGAGCCCUCCGCGGAUCUCCUGGUGAACCUGAGCCGCUGCCGGCGGCUCAUCGUGGUACUGUCAGAAGCGUUCCUGGGCCGGGCUUGGUGCAGCCACAGCUUCCGGGAGGGCCUGUGCCGGCUGCUGGAGCUCACGCGCAGACCUAUCUUCAUCACCUUCGAGGGCCAGAGGCGAGACCCCGUGCACCCCGCGCUCCGCCUGCUGCGCCAGCACCGCCACCUGGUGACCCUGCUGCUCUGGAAGCCCGGCUCCGUGGCACCUUCUUCAGAUUUCUGGAAAGAGCUGCAGCUGGCACUGCCACGGAAGGUGAGGUACAGAGCAAUGGAGGGAGACCCCCAGACCCGCCUGCAGGAUGACAAGGACCCCAUGCUGAUCGUGCAAGGCCACCUACAGGAGGGUCGGACCCUGCACCUGGAGCUGGACCCUGACCCCGAGGGGGACCUGGGUGUCCGAGGGCCUAUCUUUGGGGAGCCAUUAGCUCCACCCCAUGUGAGUGGGGUUACCCUUGGAGAGGGCCGGGGCAGCGAGGUGGAUGUCUCGGACCUCGGCUCCCGCAACUACAGUGCCCGCACGGACUUCUACUGCCUGGUGUCUGAGGAUGACGUGUAGCCUGCACCCACCAGAGCAGCGGGACCACCAAGGACAGCUGGGUGCAGGGUCGGGUGGGGUUUUUCUCCUCUCGGCAGGACCACCAGCCACGAGACCUUCAGGGAAGUGGGGGGACUGCCCUUAUGCCUCCUUGUGCCAGAAAAUAAAGUCCUUUUAGAUCCUG